GUUUGUUUCUAUAACAGUAGGAGUAGGAAACACAUAUGGGGAGGUAUAUUUUAACCGUGCAAUUGCUUUCAGGCUUUCAGCACAAUUUGGUCGAGAAAUUGUUGCAUCAGAAAGACGUUAUUUUUCGUGUUCCUUCUUUUAUUAAUUUCUUUGUUGUGUUCACUUAAAGACGCAGUAUCGAGCGAUCGAAUAUGGAUCAAAGUUUAUUGAAUCAAAUCCAGUAUUUGACAUGAUUAUUUAUAUGAGGAAAAAGUAUUCCAAACAAAAGUUACAUAGUGCUAAGGAAGCUCGCAAUAAAAGAUGCGACACCAAGUGUCAAGAAAUUGCGUUCUAAUUACUUCUUUCGCUUAGAUUCAAAUUUUGCAGUAAAAUAAUGUUGUCUAUUUCAGGUUUAAUAAAACAUCAUAAGCAGGAAUCAUUAGAUAAAUCUUACAACACAAAUGAAAGUCUUCCGAAUCAAAACUCAGGUCUUGCAAACUCUUUUAAGUGUACAAAUUUACUUCAGAAAUGUGAGCCGCCUUCUAAAACUUCCGCUAGUUCUUCGUAUAAUGAAGUGACAACUACUAAUAUAUACAUUAAUCCGAACUUUAAACCACAAAAGUCUUCUAUACAUAUCAAUCCAAGGUUACAGGAAAAGUCUUCGGUACAUGUCAAUCCAAGAUUACAGGAAAAAUCUUUAAUACAUGUUAAUCCAAGAUUACAGAGAAAGUCUUUAAUACAUGUCAAUCCAAGAUUACAAGAAAAGUCUUUAGUACAUGUCAACCCAAAAAUGAUGAGAACUGUUAUUAAUUCUAAUGAAAAUGUGGAAAAUAAUUCCAUAAAAUUAACAUCAAAUAUUAAAGAUAACUUUUUGCAGAAGCAAAAUUCUAUAAAGAAAUCAGUGUAUGUAAAUCCAAAAUUAAUUAAAAAAUUAUCUUCCUCGAUACAUGCUAAACCAGUUGAACAGAAAGAAACAGUAACACAGAGUAUUAGCUAUCCUGCCUGUUCGAGAUUAAAAUUUGUUAAAAAUGUAAAUUCUGUGAAACCUAUUAUUAAUCCUAAAAAAAAUAAUUCUAAUAUUGUACUUCUGUCUAAAAGAAAACUUAUACGCGUAAAACGAAAUUCAAAAAAGUCUUUAAAUACAUUUCAAACGGAAAUUCAAAAAUAUAGAAGAUCUUUAAAUUUGUUAAAGAAUACUAAAACGCCGUCACAGAAAGUUCUAAAAACAAAAACAAUAAGUACUUCACCACAAUCAAUUAGGACAGAUAUAGAUUCUACAAAAUCUCCAAUUAUGAAGCCACAAUCAAUUAGCAAAGAUAUAAAUUCUAUAAAAUCUCCAUUUAUAAAACCUAAAAUAAAUAAGUAUAGAAUAGAUAGAACUAUACCAAAAAAUAUUGGUAUCAAAGAUCAUUCAAACCAAACUCGGAAAAUAGUCACGAAUAAAAAAAUGGAAUUAAUUACAAUUGGAGGAAUCGUCUACAAGUCUUCUAAAAAUCAAUUAGUACGUAAAAGCUAUGGAAUAAAAAAAAAACAAACAAAUAUAAAAAAUGAUAAAUUUAUUGUGGCAACAAAUGGAAAAAAAUUAUGUAGGAUAAGGCCUUUAAAAGAAUUAUUAGGAAAUUCAAAACUGAAAGUACUUCAUAAAACUGCUGGAACAAAACUUUUGUCCAAUUUGUCUCAGAAGAAUAGCUAUAAAACUAAUGUUAGCAAUAAAGUUAAACAGAGAAGCAUACAAAUAUUACGUAACAAAAUGCAGAAAAACAAUCAACCAUGUUUAAUAUUCCAACGAUUUGGAUAUUGUUCUAAUCAUGAAAAAGGAACUUGUCUAAAACGCCAUGAUGAAAAACAAAUUUCUCUUUGUAAAAAAUUUCUCCAAGGCAAUUGUUUACUAGAUAAAUGUCCAUUGUCUCAUAAUGUAGGUCCUGAAAAAAUGCCGACUUGUAAAUAUUUUUUAGAAGGUUGUUGUACAAGGGAUGGAUGUCCUUAUCGUCAUAUUAAAGUUUCUUCUAAUACCCCGAUCUGCAGAGAAUUUUUGCAAGGAUAUUGUGCUAAAGGUCAAGAGUGCAAACAACGUCAUGAAAAUCUAUGUCCAGAAUUUGAGAAAAUGGAGAAGUGCAAUAAAGGUAAGCAUUGUCCUUACCCUCAUAAAUCACAAACAACUUUAACAAAACAAAAUCAUAUAAAACGAAAGUACAAUUUGCGUAAUGAACAAAUAACGCGUCCGAAUUUGAACGAUAAUAUGUCUUCUUCUAAUAAUGAAAACAGACUCAGAUACUAUGAACAAACAGAUACUGUUGCUGAUAAAAAUUUUAAUAAAAAAAGAGAUGGUCUUAUGAAAAAGUUAAAACUUAUGAAAGUUACAGCUCAGUCUGAUACUGUAAUAGAAAUACAUGAUGAUAUUGUAAAUUCAGACUCAAAUCUUGAGAAUUCCACAACGGAAGAUAUUUCCGAUGUUAAAGUAAUAAAACGGCCACCGAUCGGCAUUCUACCUGCCUAUAUACCUAUUGGUUGAUAUAGACGAUAACGCUAUGCGUAACAAUUUUUUGAUAUUUUUUAAAUCUUUCUGUGUAAAUACAAUUACUUUGUUUACUUCUAUUUACAUAUCACGUUUAGAAUUUUCAUUAUGAGUAAAAUUUAUAUUUCGUAGUUGACGCAAGAUUGAAUUUUGUACCAUACUGUAUCUAGGUAUAUACAAAAAUCAAGGACUUAUAUUUUAUGACAUGUAUAUACUUAUGUAAAUGAAAAAAUGUGUAUACUUGCUAAAAUGAAAGUAUUUUAUCUUUAUA